CCUCAAGAAAAUCGCUCUCUCUCAUUCCCAAUCUCUUUCGAUCAGUAGAGUAAAGAAAGAAACAGAGAGAGAGAGAGAGAGCAUGGGAUAUUUCUGUUCUUCAUGGUUCCAAACCCUUUUUCUCAUCCCCCUCCUCCUCCUGAUUCCCACUGCACUCCUCCUUACCCUACCCCCAAUCUCUCCAUCACCGGUAACUCUCUCCUCCGCAGCCUUCCGCCUCCUCCCACUCCGCCGCUCGCCGGAAUCCACAGCACUCGCCUCCUCCGCCACCACCCCUAUGAAACGGCUGGCGAAUCCCGGUCCUGAGAACGAGCUCGAGGCGGAACUCUCCCGCGCAAGGGCGUCUAUCCGCAGGGCCACCGCCGGCCGGAGAAAUUUCUCCGGCGUGUUUAGCCAACCGAGUGUGUACCGCAACCCCGCCGCCUUCUACCAGAGCUAUCUGGAGAUGGAGAAGCGGUUCAGAGUGUACGUGUACUCAGAAGGGGAGGCGCCGCUGGUACACGCUGGGCCGUGCAAGAACAUCUACACGACAGAGGGCCGCUUCAUAUCUGAGCUAGAGAUGAUGCGUCCGGGAGAAUAUUCCGGCGGCGGCGGCGCGUCGUCGAGGAUGCUGAGAACGGAGGAUCCCCGGCGAGCCCACGCCUUCUUCCUUCCCUUCAGCGUGGCUCAGCUCGUGAGGUACGUUUACCGCCCUAACACUUACGACCAUGUCCCCAUCCGCCGCUUCGUCUCCGACUAUGUCAACGUGGUCGCAUCUAAGCACCCUUAUUGGAACCGCACUGCCGCCGCCGACCACUUCAUGCUGUCCUGCCAUGACUGGGGCCCCCACGCUUCACGUGCGAACCCAUUACUGUACAAAAACGCCAUUCGAGCGCUCUGCAACGCCAACACGUCGGAGGGAUUCCGGCCGCGGAAGGACGUGAGCAUACCGGAGAUAAACCUCGUCUCCGGUGACAUGCCCCCGGAAUUUCUCUCUCCGUCCCCGCCGGAAUCCUCUCCACGCCGACUUCUCGCCUUCUUCGCCGGAGGGGUCCACGGCCCCGUCAGACCGAUCCUCCUCAGCCACUGGAAGGGCCGUGACCCGGAUCUCGAGGUUCACGAGUACCUUCCCCCCGGCGCCGAUGCCUACUACUCCUAUAUGCGGCGAUCUCGCUUCUGCCUCUGCCCCAGCGGAUAUGAGGUAGCGAGCCCUCGGGUGGUAGAGGCCAUCUACGCUGGUUGUAUACCUGUGAUCAUCUCAAAUGGGUAUGUAUUGCCAUUCAGUGAUGUGUUGAAGUGGAAGGAAUUUUCUGUGAUGGUGGCGGUGGAAGAUAUACCGCGAUUGAAAGAGGUGUUAAUGGCGGUGGGGGAGGAGGAGGUGAUGCGGUUGAUGGCCGGAGUUAGGGCGGUGCGCCACCAUUUUGUACUAAACCACCCGCCUAAGCGAUUCGAUGCAUUUCACAUGAUAUUGCACUCCGUGUGGUUGCGUCGCCUCAAUAUAAAGGUUGCUUAAGUUUGGGAUUUUUUAGAUGGUUUUUUCUUUUGUUUCAUAGGAAUAAAACAAGAAGUUACACAAGAAAUAAAAAAGAUUUCGAACAAGGUUUGAAGCGGGGUUUUUUUU